AUGUCCAAACCGUUGAGUGAUAGUGAUUCUAAGAAGGCGGUCUCGGUCGCAGUGGCAGACGACGAUGAACCAGAUGACUGGUAAGUUCAGAUAAAAUGGGGAACAAAUUAAUGUGCUCAACGUUUUGACUUCCUCAGGGAUAAGCGGAUCUUCAGCACCGGUUGCGCAGGUGAGUUGAGCUGCAGUUGCAGUUAUAUUACCGAAUCGGUCGGUCACCGGCCGUCCAUCCAGUACUAAUAAGUUAUGUUUUUUGAUCGUCUAGGCGAGAACACCAAGAUGAACGAUUGUUUCUACGAGAAGAAGGAUUGGAGAGCUUGCAAGAACGAGGUAAGAGCCAUCCGCACUGCCAACCCUCGUUGAGAGGUUUGAGUUUGCGCCUCUGCGUUUGCAUCGGAUUCGACACUUCGGAAUCACGUGUAUCCAGGGAUUGAGCUUGAGCUGGAGACCUGCAAUGGGAAAAAGAAAUGUAGAAGUAUAGAUACUGACUAGUGUACCCAUGUAGUUGGAGAACUUCCGGAAGUGUUGGAAGAAGCAAGAGAACGACAAGAGGACCGAGACCAAAGAUGCUUGA